AUGACAAUACUCGGAGUGGGGCAGUUCGUUGAUGCGGGCCUGAUGGAGGGCCUUGCCGCAUUGCUGACGGCACCCCGAGGAGAAGCAGCUUUGGUUCUCAGGGCGGCCUUGGCAGCGGGUGCAGUCGCCUGUGCUGCCCGUGCUGUGGAGGUGGGCCUGGAAUGGGCAUGGCAACAGGCACAGCUGCAACUCUCAAAUUUCGCACUGCUGCUGUGUCCCGCCCUCUGA